AUGAUGGAUAAUUAUACAGACAGCAAUACAAAAAUUCCAAAUCAAAAUAACCUUUUAAAAAAUUCAGAGAUAAAUGAUAUUAUAUCAGAUGACAACAUAAAUGAUGAAUAUGAAAAUAGUAAAAAUAUAUAUGAGAAUGCAAGUGCAGAAAAUUAUUAUAAAAAAGAAAGUAAUUCAGAAACAUUUGAUUUGGAUAAUAAGAAAAUUUUAAAAAAUAAAAAUAACUCUGAAGAAUUUAAUGAUAUAUAUAAGGUAAAUUGUGAUGAUAAUUUAAAUAAGCAUUUACUAAAUAGCGAUAAUAAAAAAAAAAAAAAAAAAUAUGAUAAUUUUCUCAAAAAUAAAAAUGAGAAAAAAUAUGGAGAAUUUAAAGAAAUACCGUAUUGUUCUUUUAAUAAUUUUGAAGAAAAAGAAAACGAUAAGAAAAUAAAAGAAUUAAACGAUAAUGGCUAUAAUUUAUUUAAUAAAGAGAAAUUGAAAAAAAUUGAAAAGAAAAAAAAAAAAUACACUGAAAAAAAUAAAAAAAAAAAAGGUUCUUUAGAUGACAAAAAAUUUAGUGAAGUAUAUAAUUCUAUAUAUGAAAAUUUAAAACAAAAAAAAGAAAUUAAACAAAAUAUUGAAAAUAAUUAUUCAAACAAAAGUGAAUUUUAUGAAAUUAAUUAUACUUCUUCUGACAAUGUAAAUUCUAUAUCAAGUGUUGAAGAUGAUUCUCUUUUUAAUGAAGAUAUUUUAAAAAAAUAUAUAAUUGGACAAGUAUUAAAUAUAAUUAGAACGUCUUUUCAUUGGGUUAUUACUUCAUUUUUUUUAAUUUUCUUAUUUUUUCACUUUUCGAUAUUUUAUGUUUACAGAUUAAUUUCUUUUCUAACAUUAUUUUUGUUUACUCCUAUCUCUAUAUAUUUAGUAAAAAAAAAAAGCAUCAAAUUUUUUUUAAUUUUAACUAACAUAGUGCGAUUACUUAUUUGGGGAAUAUUCAUACCUAUAUUAUAUUAUUAUUAUAAAGAUCAAAUAAAAAAAUAUUAUAUAAAUAGGAUUUAUGAACUAAUAUUUGUUCUUUUAUUAGUAAUUGAUAAUAUACAAAUAAAUGUAUCUAAUUUAAUUGAUAUAGACAACAAUGGAAUAGAUUUUUUAUCAAAAAAAUAUGAUUUAAAAAUUAAUGAGAAGGCAAAAAGAAAAUUUCUUACAUUACAUCAAUUUUUUUUUGAUGCCUCUUUUAUUAUUAUGAAUCCAUUACUUAUAUUUGUUAUGUACAUAUUUAGUAAUUUUUUUGACGAAAUGUAUUAUAGAGAUGUCUUCAUAUAUUCAUCUGCUUUUAUAUUUUCAUUUAUUACUAUAAUAACUAUAUUUGUUUAUAGUAAUGGUUUAAAAAAAAAAAAAAUUUUUACAUGUAGGAAUAAUGAUGAAAAUUCCCAUAAUAUUGGAUCUGAGAACACAAGAGAAAAUAUUGAUAACUUGAAUGCUAAUAAAAGAUACAAUAAUGAAGAUGAUUUUGAAAAAUAUUAUGAAAAACAGAAAUAUACUAAUAAAAAAUAUAAUGUUCAUAAUAAUAAUUAUUCUAAUAUAUGUAAUAAUCAAGUAAAAAAAUAUUUAAAAGAAAAAACAAAUAUAGAAUAUGAUGAUUAUAUUAAUGAAGAAAUUUCACUAAAAGAUCAAUUUAAAAAACAAUUUACUGAAUUAAUUAAUAAUUUUUCUAGAAUUAAAAGAGAGAAAAAAAUGAUAUUUUAUAUAGCCAUGUUAUCUUAUUUAAAUAGCGUAGAAGAUAUAAUGGUUUUAAUGCUUAUUCCUUUAACUUCUAUUUAUGUAUCAGAAUUUUUUUACAUAAAUAAUCUAUUCAUAAAGAUUUUAAUUGCUGUUAUAUUGAUAUCACUAACAAAAUGUUUUGAAAAUAUAUCAUAUUAUUCAAACAAAAAAAGUAUCAUAGCAUUAAAGGAUAUCUUCAUAGGAAUUAUUUUAUCAGGAAUUUCUUUAUUAUUUUAUUUCUUCCCAUUUCUACUGUUAAAUCAUUUGAAUAUUUACAGUUUUUUAAUUUUUUAUAUAAUUUGUUGUUUAUUCUACUUCUUUUUCUCAACCAAUUUAAAAACAAAGUUAUCUCUAAAUUUACAAAGAAAUGUGAAAGAAAUUAAAUCAGAUAUUUAUAAUUGUGUUGGCCUUUUUAUGUCUUUUAUCAAUUUAUUAUUUGUCUUUUUAACAUCCUUUUUUUUAUCUCUUUUAGAUAACUUUGUUUUGAAUUACGUAUUUAUAUGUACUUUUUUAAUUCUACUUUUAGUUUUAUUUUACAUAUGGGGAUUUUUUAUCUUAAAGAGAGAAAGUAAUUAA